GCAUCCCCUUUGCUGUCUUGACCAACACGAGCUAGGGAUCGGCAGUCUGCUCCAGGGCACACGCCAUUCGAAAAAGUUGCUAAGUGCUAGCUGUCAGCUGCCGAGCCGAGCACUAGGCAGCCCCCAGCUGGAUUUACGUGAAAACUUUGACGGAUAAUAUAGAACGAGAGACAAUUCUUCUAAUAAUACACAUCUCGUCCCAACCCAAACCAGAAUGGUGCCUGCAGCGACAUGCCGGAAUCGGGCAAUUUUGAUCGCUCUUCCAUCCCCUCCGCUCAGCGCCGUCUUCACCCAGUACGAGCGAGCGAUGCAACCCCUCACCCCUCUUUUUGUUUCUUCCGCUUGCCUGCCAACGGGCACGAUCUACGCCGCGUUUGUGGGGGAAGAGGGAAUGGGAUGGGUGAGAAAGGAUGUCGCUCGACGGCGACACGGUCCAUCCAGUUGGCUGCGGUCGCAAAAAUACGAGAAUGGUACCCUUUGUGCUACGUCAUGGUUCAACGGUGCCACCUCGCCGGCCUUACCGACUUUCAUGCGAUGGAUGGCUGGGACUCCAGGGUUUAGACUCUUUGAUGGCAUGUUGUUUGGAGAGGCAACUGGCGAUCUUUUGUCACUGUCGGUGGGAUUGGUAAAAGUUUGACGAUGCUGCUCAUGUACUUAACCUGGGUGAUGUCCCUCGUCUGAAGUCUUGAGAUUUUGCAUCACAGCAGCCUACUUCUCCCCAUUCUAUCUCAC